CAUGAACAUCCUCCUCCAUCAAUCGUUGUUCACAAAACACAAACACAAACAUCAAACCUAGCGCACCAAGCAGUAGCCAAACACCAAUCCACCAUGAAGACCUUUCUCAUCCUUGCCCUCCUCGCCUUAGUCAUGGCGACCACCGCCAGUGCGAGGAUACCUCAGGACGAAAAACCAUGUCAGCACCAGCUAGCACCACACUACCCGACCUCGCAGCCGCAGGGACCCCACUACCCGACCUCGCAGCCGCAGGGACCCCACUACCCGUCCUCGUUGCCGCAAGGACCGCAGUACCCGACCUCACAGCCGCAGGAACCCCACUACCCGUCCUCGCAGCCGCAAGGACCGCAGUACCCGUCCUCGGAGCCGCAGGACCCGCAGUACCCGAUCUCGCAGCCGCAGGGACCCAAGUACCCGACCUCGCAGCCGCAGGGACCGCACUACCCGUCCUCGCAGCCGCAGGGACCGCAGUACCCGUCCUCGCAGCCGCAGGACCCGCAGUACCCGUCCUCGCAGCCGCAGGGACCGCAGUACCCGUCCUCGCAGCCGCAGGGACCCAAGUACCCGACCUCGCAGCCGCAGGGACCGCAUUACCCAUCCUCGCAGCCACAGGAACCGCAGUUCCCGUCCUCCCAGCCGCAGGGACAGCAGUACCCGACCUCGCAGCACCAAUUGGGCCAGUGCAGGGAAUUCUUCCUGCAACAAUGCAGCCAGGGGGCGAUGGCGCCAUUCGUACAACCUUCACAUAUGAUGCAACAGAGCAGCUGUCAGGUGAUGCAGCGACAGUGCUGCCAGCAGCUGUCCCAAAUUGACGUGCAGUCCCGAUGCCAGGCCAUCCGGGACGUUGUGGAUGCCAUCAUCAAGCAGCAACAACAACAACAGGGGCAGGCGCAGAGCACUCCACGCCGCUUGGGGUUCCAGUCUCAUGAGGAGCAGGAGUGUGGGGGGCAGGGUUUCUUCCGGCCCCAGCAGCUGGCUCAGACCCUACCGAGGAUGUGCAAUGUGUACGUCCCAUCGUACUGCAGCACCAGCUCCGCGGAGCCAUUCGGUGCCGGCUACAACUAUUAAGACAAGAGCUCUUGUAUUAGAUAGAUGGAUCACCGUUGGUUAGUGGAUGUAGCAACGGUGACAAAUAAAGGGCAAUGCAUGCAUGGUCAUGUGAGACCCACCCUAGUUGUUAAAACCUUGGAAUAAAAGAGAAAUAAAGGUUGUUG